CAGGUAUUUUUCUCAAGGCUGACAAAAAUUAAAAAUAUGCCUUCGCACAACGGCAGAAAUGAACUCGAGGUUGAAAGCGGACCCGAAAACGACGAGUCGACCGAAGCUUUACAAAACGAGCCAAAUAUUAGCAACGAGCAAAACAGAACAAAGUAUUCAAAAUACUCCUACAAGGCCAUUCUUGCUCAGGGUUUAAUGGCAACGGUUGCUCUUAUGAUAACUGCUACUAAUGGAAUGACCGCAGGCUAUCCAGCUCUUCUGCUGCCGCAGCUUCAGUCAGAAAACAGCACCCUUCUGACUACUGAAGAGGAAGGGUCGUGGAUAGCAAGUAUUCACUCAAUUAUGACCCCUAUUGGCUCACUAAUGAGCGGGCCCAUCAUGGAACGAAUAGGACGUCGCUCUUCCCUACUCAUCAGUAUAAUCCCUCGAGUUUUGGGCUGGCUUUGCAUCUCUCUGGCCAAUUCUCAUCUGACUUUGUUGGCUGGGAGAUCUCUGACUGGAAUCGCUACCGGACUCUCUGCAGCCCCAGCAUUGGUGUUGCUUGCAGAAAUUGCCGAGCCGAGACUACGAGGGCUUUUAGUUGGUGCCCCUUCAACAAGUUUUUCGUUAGGAAUUUUGCUUAUAUAUGCCUUGAGCUCCGUCUUACCCUGGAAAACGGUGGCUGUUGUUGCAAUGAUCAUACCACUUUUGGCAUUGAUUUUAUUUUUCCUUUUGCCUGAAAGCCCUCUUUGGCUGGCAAAGAUGAACCGAAAGGAAGAAGCCCUGAAAGCUUUGACUUGGCUGAGAGGAGGGAGUGAAGAACAAGCCAGACAUGAACUUGAAGUUAUGAACGAACAGCAACAGCACAAUCAGUUAAUCGAUGAGGCAAACUCGUCUUCCAAAAAUCGAUCACCACUUCUCUCGCGUCCAAUUUUGAGAGCUUUGAUGGUUGUCAAUGUGUUCAACUUCUUCCAAGUGAUGGCUGGAACCUUCACAAUAAUCUCCUAUGCGGUCAAUGUCCUCCAACAAGCUACAGGAGGAACAGCGACUGAUACAGAAAUCGCAGUAGUAACUGCACUGACCAGAGUACUUUUGACUGCUGUUGCCUGUUUCAUGCUUCUCAGAAUUGGGAGACGGCCAAUGACGAUUUCCUCUGGUCUCGGCUCUGGUGCUGCAGCUUUGCUGCUUAGUGCAUGGUUGCUUUGGGCUCCCGAGACAACCAUGUUUUCUUGGGUGCCCCCCACUCUGGUCAUAACCUUUGUGAUUUUCAACUCGUACGGAUUUUUCAUGAUCCAAGGCUUGAUGAUUGGCGAAAUGUUCCCUGCGAGGGCUCGAGGUCCUGCCAGUGGAGUGACAUGUGCCACCAUAAACACCACCUUAUUUUUCUCCACCAAACUGUAUCCCAAGAUGACGCAUGCUUUUAAGCCCAGUGGGCUGUUUUUGUUUUUUGGAUUAAUGACGCUGGCAGGAACCUUAUUCGCCCACUUAUUCAUGCCCGAAACAAAGGGCAAGACCUUGGCAGAAGUCGAAGAGCAUUUUAGCGGCCCUUCACUUUUUUGGGGUCGGAAUAAUUCUCCAGAGAGGAGGCAAAACAUAACUGAAAAUAUGCCAGUUCGGAACGCUCAAAACACAAAUUAGUCUAGUUAAAUUUUUACAAAAGUAUUUAUUUUUCAGAUAAUCAUGUAGACUGCCUCUUGUUCUUGUUUUAUUGUUAGUUAUGAUGAUUCAUUUUAAAUUUAAAUUCCAUUUUAUUGGACUGCGGCUUAUAUAUUUGUAGGCUAUGAACAAUUGUAGUGAUCAAUAAAUAAUUUUUUCAAUGUUAUCUCAAAGCAAGCAUUAUAUUUUAAAAAAAA